AUGGAGAAGAACGACAACAGGGUCGGGGAUGCGCUAGAGCUCAGCCCUCAUCAGGUCAGCUCAAGUAUUUCGCUAGCUACCUCGAGACAAUCGUCAGGUUGGACUACGUUGGGGGCGACGUGACAUCCUGAACGAUUUCGCCAUCAAGAGGACUCGGCGGAAGUGUAGACUAUCUUGAGCAAUCCAUAAGGAGGGUAACAUUGGUCGGUUCUUCUCGGGAGUGACUGGAGGUGAGAUCAGAAAGACCAAUUCGGGGCAUGGAGCGCGAGCGCUAUCGAUCGAAUACAUUCAGGUGGUCGACGUCUCCUGAGUGCAUGGGCUGUAUCGCACAUCCCUUAGAGAAGAGCUGUCUUGACAGAAAUCGCUCAUAUUCGCACCUCCGCUUUCAGACUGAUCGCAUGGAGAUUCCAGCAAUCCCAUCGGAGUCGAACGAAGGCCACUCACACAUAUGGUUGAUCUGGUAGUCAUUUUCACGCAUGGCUUGGUCUUUUAUCAGAAGUUCGGACCUAAUUUGUUGAAGGCUGUUCAUUAGCCUAAGAGUUUCGUAGUUAACCAUGUUUUAGCUAUCAGUGACUGUAAAAUUGAAGUUAUCCCUUGCCGUUUAGGGGAAUUCAUUUUCAGGCACACUUCGGUUGUCUUUGUGCCCAUCAGAAUCACGGUACUAUAAAAGACAAGCUCGUCGACACCGCCGGCCGAAAUGGUUUACUGGCUCUUUCUGCAUAACCUAGUCGAUCAGCUAGCUGAAUGAAGUCAGCUAGAGGUCGUAGCGCGAACAUACGUUGGAGGUGACUUUGAAGCAAUCUCUCCCCUCUCCACCCGCAAAAACUUUGGAACUUGACCUGUGAUAAUAAACACGAUUCAAUUCAGGCAAUUUUAGCGGCGUGCCACCAUGCUACAUUACCAACCACAGGUGAUCCUGAUAGAGACUGUCCCAGGAAGUAAACAAAGUAGACGUCAAGUGUGGUAUUCAAGAAUUCCGUGGUGUGAGAAGAGGUGUUUAGAGCAUAUCAAUUUCGCACGCAAUGUUUUACUGGUUCGCUCCUGCCUACAGGCUGCGUUAAAAGCAUGGGCGGUCAGGGAGGUUGACUUUAGCCGUAUGAAGAGGACCGAUCCAAGUCAAAUACCCUGGCGACUGAGAAUUAUGAACGAGCCAGUGACGUUUGACUGGUUUACUAGGCGCGAACUGCGGCCUGAUUGUAGGACGGGAUGUGGGGUUCUGUCGAGAACGUCCAUAGACCGGUAUCGUAAUGUCAAGCCGUUCGUGCUCAAGAAGUAUUAUCGAUGAGGAGGGGAGAGACUGAGAUUGACGUUUCUGGCCUGCUAUCCGUCAUCAGCUAGUUUCGAGCCCUCUCGGAGUGAGACCGAGCAAGGUAGAAAAUACCAUUUAUUUAGGGCGAUCGAUAACUUCGACCCCCUAGGUGACCUUGCACAUGCCCGACCGCAGUCGACAAGGCCUGAGUCCGUUGUUCGGUGGUGCAAGGCUUAACUGAGCGAUCACUAAUCAUAGAGCCCGCGAUCUUUCGGCCCAUGACCAAAGCACCAAGUCAACCACCUGCCUCCCGUAUCGCCGUCAGUGAUACUUCUCCGUCUUUGAAGUUUGUAAGGAACUGGUGAAGUUGCGGACAAAGUAACUAUGUCGGGGAAACCGGAAGACAGCUACGAACGUGAAUGGCCGAGCACGCAGCAGCGGUGCGGAGAAAUGACGCCAGCUCUCAAGAUGCGGCUCAUUCGACCAGAUCCGGCCGCACAUUCAAAUUCGACGAGGCCGAAAUUCUCGCAAGAGGGGACAACCGCGUGAGCCGUGAGCCUUCGCCUAGGCGGAGUAAUUAUCCACACGGAGAGCGCACAGGUGAACACUCGUCCCAACGCCAGGGUCGGUGGGUCAGAUGGUCGAGCAAUCAUCACACCUGUGAUGAAAUUGCAGCAAUUAACCACGCUAAUGUCGGCCAUCAAACAUUCAUCACAUCAAGGGCAACGCUCCCUGAUGAAGGGGAGAGCCGUGAAUAUUCAUAGGUACGCAUUGGCAUGACGACUGCAUCCUAUAAAUACUGCAGCUCCUUGUGCAUGAACUACGCGUAUCUGCCACUGUCUCUGAUUAUGGGUUCGAGCAGGAAUCCGAAACGUCAGGCUAAUAAAGCUCUUGUCCCAGCGAUCGUGUCUUCUUCUUCACGAUACCUCUCCGCGUUGGAUUUUGCUUGUGGCUCCAAACACUGAGACACACGUUUUCCAAGGCAAAUUUCACACACAGAAAGUUCAGCCAUGACGGGAGUAGCUGCUGGCUUCGAGUAGCGCUGUCGAAAGUGCGUGACAUCUCUCCUCUAUGCGGUUGGCGUAAUAAUGGCGCCAUACACUCGCUUGUGAGGUGGGCGAACGCAACUUAAUUUCCACUGCAGUGUGUGAUGAGUGUGAGAACAUAAAUUACAGCAAGUUUGCCAGUUUUCCGAAUGCCGUUGUUGUCAGGUCGAUAGCAAGUGGAGACUUUAGAGGAGAGCUGGUUCACUGUUUCCGUGUCCAUGGUGAUGAGGGACGACGAAAUUUAGUAGCGCUUACCUAGUACACCCAAACCCUGUUUCGUUCGUUGAAAAUGCAGAUAUCCACGCCAUAUCGCCUCAGUAAUUUUCGUUUCUGCCAUACGGACAUCUAUGCUUUGAGAUACUGCAAUACAGUCGCUCUAGAGUUGGUGAGUUCGUCUUUUGGCUAGCAGCAGCAGCAGCAGCAGCAGCAGCAGCAGCAGCAGCAGCAGCAGCAGCAGCAGCAGCAGCAGCAGCAGCAGCAGCAGCAGCAGCAGCAGCAGCAGCAGCAGCAGCAGCAGCAGCAGCAGCAGCAGCAGCAGCAGCGUAGGGGCUACGCCGUAAGCCAUUAUGAUUCUUGUCCACUCAGUGGCGUAAUGGCCUUUUCGGUAAUCGACCCUGUCCUGAGCGAAGCACGGUAGGUAAAUAAACUGCGGCGUCUCUAGUUUUCAAGCAAAGCAGUCAUUUCCGCACUUCCCCCUAGUAGCGAGCAGGAAAUCGGCAUUGGCUGACCUGAUGUGGAAGUGGGUUUUCUGACUCACCAAAUAUCUCUGCAGCAGAAAAAUUCGACUGGAAGACAAAGGAGAAUUCGAUCGGGCCAGCAUCGGUCACGGUGAGGCUGGAUCCCUUCUGAAGGACCCCUGUCAAGUCUGUGAAAAUGUGGCAAUCAGUAGGAGAUUUUAUGUCAUGUUUUUUGCUUCGCAAAAAGAUUACCAUGUUUUAGAUGCUGCAAAUUUAUUUCUUAAUUUUUAAAUGGCUGCCUGGGAUAAGCGUCCGGGCCAUUCGCAAUCGGAGUGAAUAAUUGGAUAUUUUACCGACUUUAUGUUGACAGAUUUACCGCAGAAGAGGAACUUUCAUAGGAAUUAGUUGAAUAAACGACAAAAUGCCCCGAUUUCGUCAUGCCUGUGUCCGCAGUGCUCUCGUAAAUAAGCCGAACCUCCCUUUUCCUGAGUGAAACACACUCGGGAGAUGGUUGGUUUGCCGCGAGCCCUCCUCUAGUACAACUUACAGCCGCGUGCCCGUGUUUCAAAACAGAACUGCUACAUCUAAACUAGGCGGUCUCAUCGUAAUCCUUGUUAAACCUAUCAUCACAUAGCCUGAUCCGGCUUAGCCUUUCCCGGGUUGCAACUAAACGCCAUUAUUGUAUCCACCUGUGCGUCAAGCCUGGGCUGUGUGCGUUUGCCUAUCGAAUGGCGUUCAUGCAUUAUCCAUCGCCCUUCUGGAAUGCUGUGCCAAUGCGCAUUCGAUUCAGUCGUUGUCGAAAAAUAGUAGCCGACAGUGGAUACCGUAGGAGCGUUAACUAUGUGGAGAGUGCCGAUUCUUCCUCGCAUGGCUUUAGAGUGGGGGCUUUAAAGUUAGAUCCCAAAUUGAACGCUUUCUCGCAUGCUCCCAGGAAGUGGAGAAUCUUCUAAAUGGCAGUUUAUCUCAAUUCUAACUCAUCGGAGCCCAUUGUGAAAAAUCCGACGAUCAACAAUUAUAACUGGUAACCUGGAGGUCUUCGCAUCACCAUACGGCUUAACAACAAGCAGCAAGAAAUGUACCACCUCCUUUUAUCGAAGUGGUCAAGGCAUGUGCGUAAAUUCACCUACCCUUUGCUCACAAUAAAGGAUGCGUCAGAUCCUUAUUCGGAAGCUAAGAGGCACGGAAGGCUUUUGUGGAGGCCUCUAGUAGACACUCAACAGCGGAGAAAACGUAAACGCACAACCGGGCAUCCACAAGGUUACUUACGUAGUCUACUCGCAGAGGCACACACGUGCAACGUACCACAUGCCCGUCAUGCCUGUCAUGUACAAUCUGAUUGGUUUACUUGAAGUCUCGACCUUGAGAACAAAACUGCGCGACCUUCUCGUGCGUACGUCCCACGACGGUGGACGUCGGCCAAUCAACGUACGACAAGGGUAAAUUGCCCCUACUCGCGGCGGUGGUAGUGCAGGCACUGGGGUGGGUUUUACAGGGGAUGCCAGCUCAACAGUUGGCAACUCAUAGGUACUGUAGGGAGAGGAAUUCAAUAAAUUGGGUACCCAGUGCGGCAGAUCGACCUCUCACUACUGAGCCGAGCUAUGCACAAAGACAAACGUGUACACUGUGACACACUCGAACUCACGUGCCAUCUCCUGACGCCCACGCCAACUACGUGGCUAUUAAGUUUGUGUGCGUAAUUUGGGACGUACGCAUGACAAAAAGACCACCUAAAGGAAGAAAAUAACUCUCCAUUUUGAAAUUGGAUUGCAGUGUUUGUGGUUUGCCACAAGCUGAAGGAAAAGACGGGUACCUAAAUGUCGCGUCCCGUCAAAAUGCAUGUGGGAGCUCUCCCAAAACGUAAGGUGGAGUCGUUUUCUGAGUAGUAAAAUGUCAGUCAAGCCCUUAAGAGAGGGGUUUUGCCGUUUUGUCGUGUGUCUAUUUUUUUAAACAGAACCAACUGCCUUAAUGUGUUAAGGCAGACUAAGAGAUAUUAGAAAACCCACACAUCCACAGAAACGCAAAAACAAUCACCCGAAGUCUUGUCGGAGGCUUUCUUCUGGGCCGUUGCAGCCACAUCUACAGGGAUACAUAGUGGCGGAUACUGUCUUCAUUCCAAACUGAAGAAUGGGCCUAAUUUUAGUUUGAACUACUAUUCUGUUGGGAUGGUAAGGCAAACAAAAGUCAUCUGAAGUCCGUGAUUGCGUCAACUUUCUGGCUGUAAGUAACCACACAAACGUAAAAAGGACUAGGUCGGAUGGGAAAUUUUGUGUCCAUUUAAAUGCGACAGGGAGAAAGGGCCAUUCACGUAAUCGCUUAGUGAACAUAGAACUACGAAGAAAACAAACAAUGGGUAAACAUUGGUUUUAUUGGUUGUCACAGAUCGCCCCAGAACUUCGUUGCGAGUUAUUCAUAACGGAGCUUGGAGUGAGUAGGCACCGUCAGAGAGACAUCCCCUCCAGCACGAGUUGCCAAACCAGUCCGCUAAUGAUUCCUUCGUCGAAGGGAUUAAAGGCGUGCCCGAGGAUUACUGUCUGCUGGUCUGGAUGGUUUUUUCCAAGCUCAUAAAUCCUGGAAGAGUAGUUCCCUCCGUAUAAAAAUGUACAAACUUUGCCUUAUUCACUCAUAAAUCUGCAUUAGAGUUUCUCGUAAUAGAACAAAUGUUUCCGCCUAACUUUGAACCAAAUUUCCAGACACGCAAAGAAUGCAUUAACACGUUCAGCGCUCGUUUUUUUCUGAUUAACGUCGUCUGGUUGUGUGACUAUUGUACCUUUUCAUUAUGAGAUACAUAUUACUGCUAAGUCUUUCUGAAAACCAAUUGCUCUGCGCAGGCAAAGCCUCAGCAAUAAGUAUGGUGGAGGGGAGGGCUGUCACUACGCUUACUGAUGGACUGAAAAGCGAAAAAAACACAGAAAGCGCGGGAAUUAACACUGUUGCCAAUUGCCAGUAGAAGCGAAAUAAGAGUCCCAGGAAGCAGUCGUGAAGACGGAGAAACGAUUACUGAAACAUGAGCUUUAUUCCCCUGGCGUUUCGGAUUCCUGCUCAAACCCAUAAUCAGAGACAAUUACAACUACGGGUGCUUCAGGCACAAAGGGCUGAAGUAUUUAUAAAAUGCAGCAGCCGUGCUACCGCAUACCCAUAACAAUUCACGGCUUCCCCCUUCAUCGACGAUUGUUGCACCUGAGGUGAUCAUUGUUCAAUGGCCGACAUUUGCGCCGUUACUCGCUACAUGUAAUCACGGGUGUUUGAUGUUGGUGUGAUGACUGCUCCACCAUAUGACCCACCGACCUUGACGAUGGGAACACCAAUGGGUUCGUCGAUCUCGGGGCUCAUCGCUGAGGCGGUCCUGCAACGGUAGGAGUCGCUGGUCAUCCAACACCAUAGACCGAAGUUCUGGGCCACGUAUGUAGAUGAUACCCUCGUCGUUAUCGACGGGGAUCAAUUGGUGGCAGCGAUCGUUUCCCCUUCUUCACGACUGUUGCCAAUACCACCCAAAUCGCCAAGUCAUUAUCGCACCAAUAAUCCACUCUUUUGAAGAAAUUGCAGCAAUUGUCGACUCGGUUGCGGACUACCAAACAAUUCUUGCAUUAAGUACAACCACCCGCGAUUAGUGUGAUAGUGGUCUCAUGACAAGUGCACCCUAUAAAUACUGCAGCACUUGUACAAACAUCGCCCUGAUCUGAUGCAAUCUCUAAUAUUGGAUUCGAGUGAGGAUCCGAUGCAUCAGGUGUAUAUAAUUCUCGCGGCGAGGAGUACCGACGAAGAGAGGGGAAAUUGCGACGGUCAUUUCUGCUGAUGGCAGCCAGUAAGGCAGAAAUUGUCAUUCCAGUCUCCCUUGUCUUUUGCGGUACUCACCUCAGCAUUUAUCCAUAGCCGCUAUAUGACUGCGAUAAAAUGUGGUUAGGUAGCUCCACCUGAUGGACACAAUACUGUUGGGGUUAAGGCUAGGUGUUAGGGUUAGGCUUUAGGGCAACUAUUCCUCACCUACUCACAGUACAACUGUGCAUUCUCAAUAGUUUUUUCUUCUGCAAACAGUCGCUUGACCUCGUCGCCUGUGCGUUUCACCGGCCCCGCACUACAGGUGGCUGGGGUUUAUUUACUUCAGGUGGGGCUACAUAACCACCUCUGAUCACGACUGCCUUUGAGGACACUAGAUUGAGCCUCAAGGCACAAGGAACCCGUAACCCGAUCGAUGGAGGCAAUUCCAGGAUAGUAAGAUUUUCGCUUCAGCAACCGCAUCUCUUUCCUCUGAACCACUUCCUGGCUGUAAGUAGCCACACCAAGGUAAAAAGGACUAGGUCGGAUGGGGAAUUUUGUGUCCAUUUAAAUACGACAGAGAGAAAGGGCCAGUCACGUAACCGCUUAGUGGACAUAGAACUACGAAGAGAACAAGCAAUGGGUAAAAAGUGGUUUUAUUGGUUGUCGCAGAUCGCCCCAGAACUUCGUUUCGGGAGAGCUCCCACAUGAAUUUUGACGGGACGCGACAUUUAGGUACCCGUCUUUUCCUUCAGCUUGUGGCAAACCACAAACACUGAAAUCCAAUUUCAAACUGGAGAGUUAUUUUAUUCCUCUAGGUGGUCUUUUUGUCAUGUGUACGUCCCAAAUUACGCACACAAACCUAAAAGCCAGGUAGCUGGCGUGGGCGUCAGGGGAUGGCACGUGAAUUCGAGUGUGUCACAUCGUGUACGUUCGCCUUUGUGCAUAGCUCGGCUCAGUACUGAGAGGUCCAUCUACGUUCUCGCACCAGGGUAGUGUUCAUUUGCUGACAUUGUAUUCAAGGGGGGAGGGUGGUGGUUAAACUCGUCCUGAGUAAAACUGGCUACACUUCCCACACGAAAAUAUCCACGGAAUGUUUAGUCAGCCCAGAUAUGACAACUCCAGAAUAGAGUUGUGAAAAUUCCCACUGAAGAAUUCAAAAGACAACUUGGCGAGCAUACGUAAGCUUUCGGUAAAUUCUCAUCAGGCCUAUACAUCUAUACUGCUAUCGAAGUGAUUAAAAAGAAAAUGCGGGCAAGUAGAAGUUUUUCUGUAGCCGGGGUUUGGGGGGAGGGUCUGGGUGGGUGAGGUGAAAAACAAAAUUACCGUCAGUUUCAGGGGGGAGAAGGAGAUGGCGGGCACUGGGACGGGUAAUUAUACGCAAGUGGCUGGCAUGGUGACUUUGGCCCAUGAGGACUGUGGGGCCUGUACGAAGUUCUUUUGUGCGCAUAGAACUGGUUUGUAUAGCCUGAUUGCAGCCGUCUCUGCUGUUUCCAGCAGACGCUGUCCAAGUGGUUUUGGAUAGCUUGACGGGACCGUGUAAAUCACCCGGAAAGCUUGGCCGGCAUCUAAACAGUGAUCUGUGCCUACCAUGUGGACAAGGAUAGAGCCGCUGACGGUCUUUAUUUGGCUCUUUGCUAACCAUGCUGGAAUGUGUUCUCUUAUUCUUUUGGACAAACGCCGUCUCGUGCGACCAAUCUAUUCUGCCCACAGGAGCAGAUGGAGGAGUAAAUACACAUAGAAGUGGUCUGGGCUGGCAGUUUGCCCUUGCCCUCUCCUCAUAGGUUGGGACUAGUGGUGAGGAGUACACGGGCGUCAGCUGCUGGAAGGGUGCGUGAUACAACUUGAGUUAUGCUCCUUCUUAGAAGUUCAUUUGGUGCGUCCCCUUGAAAUGGGACCCUGAUGAAAAGCUUCUUCUUUUCUGUCGUCAACAUCGGUUUGGAAAGAGCCAAAUGAAGAACGUCAACAGCUCUAUCCUUGCCCACAUUGUAGACACAGAUCACUGUGUAAAUACCGGCCGGGCAUUUCGAGUGAUUUACACGGUCCGCCAAACUAUCCGAAACCACUUAGACAGCCUCUGUUGGCAACAGCAGAGGUGACUGAAAUCGGACUAUACAAAUCAAUUCUAUGCGCACAAAAGAACUUCGUACAGGCCCCACAGUUACCAUGGUCCAAAGCCACCAUGCCAUGGCGGUCACCAUACCCGUCCCGGUGACCGCCAUCCCCUUCUCCCCCCCUGACACUGACGGUAAUUUUGUUCUUCACCUCACCCACCCAGACCCUCCCCCCAAACCCCAGCUACGGAAAAAGCUUCUACUUGCCCGCAUUUUCUUUUUAAUCACUUUGCCAAGUUGUCUUUUGAACUCCAGAAUAGGCGAGAAUUGAGUAGCUGCUGCCUAUGUUUUCACAUCGACGAGCAUAGGGGUGGACUCAGAGACCGCAACAAGAACUUUAUUCGUCUGACGGUUUUAAUUUACAUCAGAGACUACAUCAGCGGACACAGAGAGGCAACAGCUCCGGCACCCAUCGUGGGCUGUCGUAAUUGCUGCAAUAAUUGUUUGGCCGGCCAUGCCUGAGCCAUUAAUGGCUCAAACCCCGGCAAAGGCGACUGGCAUGAUAAUUGCCCGACUGUUUGGCAUUAUAGAAUUGCCCCUCGAGGCAGCGUACACAUUCACGCCGUCCACGUUAAUAAUGUCCCCGCACAGGGAGAGCCCUAAGAGGACAAAGGGAAGGGAGAUGGAGUAGAUCACUGCCUUUACUGAUGUACUGCAGGCCAGAGAGUUAGGAGUCGAGUAGCUCGUCCCCCAUGUUGUCACCCCCGUUGGCUAGGAUUCCAGCUUCGCUGCCGAAUGAGUCGGGGGGGGACUGGGAUCUGUGCCAAUCAUCUUCACCGCUGGUGUGUGUUCGGCCAUACGUGUCCAGAACCGUCUUCCCGCCCCCCCGGCCAUAGUGUCCUAUCCGAAGUCGCAGCAGAUCAUGCAAACGAGUCCCUUGCAGUGGCAUAAAAGCGCUUUGUUUUAGUGCGUCAAAAGUACUCCUGUAAGACUGACGCCUCUUUCAAUAACAGUUUCCACAUAGAGCUGCACUCUCGUGGCUACAUUGUUUCUUCUCAUCCUACUCGCCCAUAUACGCGUGUAUAUUUAGUACUGGAGUCUAAACAUGGCCUGGUUUGUCUAUUGCCCCCUUUAUGGAAAGGAACUGGGAUUUGCAUUCGGGAGUACAAGUUUGAGUUCAUUGCUGGACCACUGAGUCGUGAACCCAGGCUUGUCGACUGCAGCUAAGUUUAUGCUAAGUUCUGUCCACUCCUGUGACCUGAACGCGUGAACGGACGUGGGCGGACCGAUCAGGACCCGAGUAGCAAAAAGAAAAAACUCCAAGCUUAUUCGCCGUUGUAAACUGUCCUUAGCACAACUGCAGAAUGAAAAGAUUCAGGUCGGUAGGAUAGAGCAAACUAGGGGAUGCGUAUGCAUACGCGCACACCGAUCGGCAUUUUGAGGAUGACCUCAAAAACACUUCUGCGGCCCCGUCUCACGCGAACCAGCUGGGGAAAAAGGUAUUAGAAGCGAUCGGCGGAGUUUCCACGGUAUUUGAGGAAGGUGCUAUUGGUAGGUGCACCGCCUCAAAGGGCUGUCGAUCCGAAAUGAGUCAACUAGAGUCGACUGACGCAGAAUACGGAUGACAAGCUUUGUUUUUGAAACAAGCACACGCGGUAGGAUAUGCUGGUGCCAAAACGUUUCCAGCCUGUUCAUCGACUGCCUCGUCAGAAUUCUAUGGCAACACCGUUAACUGAGCACGCAAAGGCGAGAGGAAAGACAUGAUAGCACGGGAGCGAAAUUCCUGCGCGCGCUGCAUAGGCAACGAUAGGGUGUAGGACCCCCAACCAACUGGAACUAGUCUGUGGACCGUGUCAUACGUUGAGUGGUGGUAGAGGGGGCUUUACGGGUGGGGCAAAACACAGGACGAAGAGCAAGAAGACACAGACAGUAGAUAAAUUUUAAUUGGCUGUCAUUUGGCAAAGAAAGUGAGUGCAGUGAUUAAAAAAAUAAACAAAAAGCAAUUUACGAAAAAUAACGGACACUGAUUAAAACGUCGCCGGUAAGUUUACAUUUAGUCAGGAAAGGAAGGAAAUUUUAAACAAUGCGAACAAGGAAUAAUAAGUGGUGUUUACAGUCGCACUGAAUUUUAGGGUAUAUUUUGGAGUUGCCAUUCACCUGUGGUUUCUUCAUCCGAUCGUCACUUCUACAUGCACCGAAAGCAUCCCGGGAUCGGCCAACCGCCUCCUCGCAUCACCCAAAGUAGCGACGACAUGCAAACCAGGGGGUGACCACCCGAUGUUGAACGAUGAGGUGGAAAGACAAACUGUCGUGAUUGAAGAAAAACUGUGGAAUAGUUCAUCGCAUCUGGCGCAUUUAUUGUUGGUUGACAUGCCACGGUGAUUGACAGGAGACAGGAGCCGGUGGCCCUAGACAUCAAUUCCAAGAAGUUUAAAGUUAGGACAACGAUUAUUGUCAAGCUAAAGAAGCGGGAAAUGUAGCGCAAAACCACCUAUCAUACUGGGACUACCUAUUCUCGUGUUUUAUCGAGUUAUCCAGCUGCCGUCACCUUGGAACUAUUCUCCUCCUACAUUGGAGGAAACUGGAGCAGCUAAUGUCUGACUAGUAAAAGUUGGGAAGUACAGUGACUUGCUAAUUCAGAUUGAGUUUCGUAGACUUUGGAAGGCGAAUCGAGAGCAGCUUCUGGAAACUGUGGUUACGGGGACCGAGCGUUACGAGAAGCAGUUCAAGCACAUCCCGGCUUCGCAGCGACACCAGCCGCUAAAAGUUUGGCCUACUGAAAUCAGAGGGGUCUUCGAGGCCAACGAUGCAUGCGAGAGGGGGCUGCUUCCGAGAAGUGACUCCAAAACCUUCUGGUGACUGAAUUUAGGCUGUCCUUAGUAACAGCGUCAUUUUUACAUUUAUACACUCGAAUUUGCACCCGAGACACUUGAAGUUGCCUGGUGUGGCUCGGUAGGAGACCACGUCAGGGCGUGGGGGUGCUUCAGUUUGGUGUUUUGCUGUAAUUCGUCGAAUCAAAGAAGAAUGCCUACACUCACCCGCCCGGUACACUAGUUCGUCAUAUUCCAUGUAUAUGUUGUGAUCCUGUGAAUCAGCCGGUAGUAACCGACUUAUAUGGCCAGCUCUCAGUCAUGCCUGAAGGCGUAACAGUGGCACGGUCCGAGACCACUCAUUGGAACGACCCGAGGACCAGGCUUUUUCGCAGGUAAGCCUCGCUGGAAGCCGUCCAAGUGUUCACAGUUCGUGAGUAUUCCAAACAACCCCUAGGCAGGGCAACGGUCUUCCUGGUUCAUAGACCAUGCAUUAAGACUGAAAACUAGCGAACCUAUUUGCUCUCCUCGACAGGAUGGUUGGGUCGGUCGAAGGAACUCUGAUGGAUUACCAGAUAGCCAGCUAUCAGCGUUGAUAACGCCUUUCUUGCCCUGAGGAUAAGGAGACUACGGGACUGAAAAGUGUAGAAAAAGCCGCAAGUGCCUCUUCUUGACAUAUCGAGGACAGCACCAAAGUGCGUCUGAUGGCAACUGAAAUAAAAUAGCGCUUGAGGCAAUCAAAUUAGCGGAGCCGUUUCCAAAUCUUUCUCCAAAUCAGCAAAAUCACUUGAAGCAGUCAGAAAGCAUGAACACAGUGCGUCCAGCAUUCACAGGAAACAACUACCAGCAAAGCGCUCCGAAAACUGUCACUGCUCUGCAGGAGAUCGCAAGCAGAAGCCAAAAAGACCAGUAGCAGUUUUGGCACGCCAUGUGAUGUGCCAAAAAAGUUUUGUGUGCAAGAGAGCACACAGUCAAAUGAUUUGGCGUUGGUAGGAUCCAUCGAGCAGAAGCUGGUGCGAGAGAGAGAGGGGGUCACGUGAAACAAAGGCCAUUUGAACGUAGGUACUAUACUCAUCAGAUACUGCGACGCAACUGCACACGUUAUUACGUGGGUAAGGUCGCAGGGAGGCUCACUGCGCGACUGCGUUAACAGGGAGUGGAGGGGAGAAAGGGCGAUCCGCCGUCCCAAGUCGCUCCCAACACUCUUGGCGGGGAUGCCUGAUUCGACUUAACGUUCCCGCGACAAAGUGGAUUUGUAUCUGCAAUAGAAAAGUCAUAUCUCCCGAGGUGACAGAUCUGACUUCCACCUACCACGCUCUGGGAUCCCACUGCAUCGUUUUCAGUCAAGGAUGUAGACAGUUAUCACUCAGCGAUGCAUUAACAAGCGCAAUAACCUCCCGCCUCCGUAUUCUGUGUUGUCAUUUUGCCUGAGCAAAAUAGUUGGCCACGCGGGGAGGACACGGCCGAUCAACAUUUCGUGUGACGGUGGGCUAAAUUUCCGAGUAAUCAUCGCGCCAAGAAUCAACAGCGGUGAUGAAAGCACGGCGAUUAACGACUCACGUGCUGACCAACAAGCGAUCAUCGCAAAGAGGAUUUCCAGCGACGAACGAACGCACCGCCAAUUAUUGUAUGCAAGUGAUUGUCGGGCGACUGAGUCCUAUAAAUACUGCGCUCCUUGUACCUGUGGUUGUCUUUGAUGACGGGUUCGAGCGAGAGUCCGAAACGUCAGGUCAAUAAACCUCCUGUUCCAGCGAUCGCAUUUCCCUCUUCUGAACUGCUUCCUGGGCGUCCCUUAUCCGUUUCUGCCGACGAUCACUGAUCACUUUUAUAGCCCCUGAGGGCGGUCUGGUUCGAGGGACCAGUUCGCCUCCACCUUCCCAUCUAAAAAGUAAGUUGGAGCUAAUUUUUGUCUAUAUUCCUGAAAUUAAGGUUAUUUGCGGCUACUGGAGAAGGCUGCGCUGCUUGGACUGAUGGAAGUCGGGCCAGAGUAAAGCGAGUGAAUUUAAUCAAUAAUUCGAUUGGCGAAGUUACGACUUAGUUAAGGAGAGGCUCAACAAGAAUGGGCACAUACUCCUGGCGUCAACUCACUGUUGCCCAUGAUCUGCAAGGAAUUAGAAUUAACAUUUUUAGUGAGUUAUGAACCCCCCCCCCUUCUUUCAGCAAACGAUCUCUACUAACAAGGUCAGUUUACUUACUGGUUUCCGCGCUGUGCAGCAAACUAGCCAAUCUGAACCAACCUAGGUCCGUAUCUCACAAGGUCAUCACUAUUCGCGCAAGAAGGGCCUUCCCCCUCCCCCGGCCUCCCUUUUUCUGCCUCGGCAGCCCAGUUGGUAUCGCUGUGGGCGUCGGAUAGAUCGAGAUAAGACUGUGAUUUACGAUUGCGUGGGAAACCUGGGUUUACUGUGUCGCCUCGGCGAAAGAGUCGACUCGGCGGCAGCGGCGGCGGCAGUGAAUCGAGAGUGCACAUACGCGCGCUCGCUCGCUCGCCUGCUGGCUUUCUCUCGCCAGCGGGCGCGCGGCUAGCUGUGUCGUGGCUACGUGCGAAAAAAGACAGCGGCGAAAUCUGAUUGGCCAGCAGGCGUCAACAUUGGUAUGCAGCGAUUCACUUUGGUGGGGGUAAAAUAACUCAGCAGCUGCCCGGGAAAUCAGGCCGGGCGAUCUUACAGUUUACGUAGACAAACCAAAUGCGAGUAUGUGGAGGGAAAACAACAUCGCAACUAUCGGUGCUGUUUCAUCCGUUGUAGGUCCGUUAGGAGCUGUGAUGUUUCCUACUUUGGCGCCGAUUUUUAAAUUGGAAAUGCCAAGCCAGGAAGACCUCGGAGGCUGUAAUCUGGAUCCCAAAGCGACCAUCCUCCACUCAUUUAAUAACAAAUAACAUAUUUAAUUUCAUGCGUGGAAUCAUAUAGUUAGCUCCUUUUGAAGGCGUUUGAAAUUACUAGGGCUUGGAGACUUAACACAUUCAUACAAGUACUACAUGCCUGUUGUAUGUAAUAAAUUACCUACUCUUCUUUGACACUUGCCUUACGUGUUGUUUUUUUUGACGUUAUUUUAACCAAUAGGGAGUUCAAGGGUGUUAGCCUACCUUUCCCUUUAUGAAAAUGAACUGAACUGACUCUAGCCUUCGUCAAAAAACUACAGGAUUAAUAGCAGAAGUGGGAAUGUCAGUACUACGUUUUGUACCUCGAUCGGGGCUGAAAUUAGUGACAAUCGGCACUAUGGGCAGAAAAUAGUCAGAUUUUUUGAGCAUAUUCCUCAAAAAUGUUUCGCAAACAAGACUUUUAAGAACUUUGCCGAACAAAACAGAAGUAAAGCUCGAAAGCCGAUUUGUGGCUUAUUUUCAGAUGCCAGUUAGUGAGUUCUUAGUCCGAGGGAGCGAUUUCCUCAGAUUUAACAUCUAGAUCACUGUCUGGUCCAUCUAUACUUAUAUGUAUGGAUAAGGAGGUUGGAGACUGAUAGAGCAUCGGAGCCAUUUGUUUGUUUUCCUGGGAUGUCGAACUCGUACAGGAGCGUAGCGUAAGAGAUAACAGCAGCAACUGAACACCUGAGGACCAUUAAUCAAUAAACGACCUGUGCCGCAGGUCUGGACGCGGCUGCGCAGAGCUCGUUACUCCGGUUCCGAAUCGAUAUAUCGAUUGACUGAGUUCAUAAGGCAGGUUCAGGCUUAAAUCAACUAUCGGUAAGCCUUACUUCUUCACAUAGCAUCGUUUAUGAACCACUGGAUGGUUGCUGUAAAAUUCGAGUCCUAGUAUGGGCUAUGCGAUAGAUACGCUGGACCAACACGGGGGCUAGAUUGCAGUCCGGCAGACGUUAUUGGGAAUGCGCACCCACAACAAAUGUCAACAUUGGGGCGUAGUAGCACGCCCAGCUGUCGGUCCACUUAGCGCCAAUUGGCAUUUGUGCUCUCCCCCCCCCCCAACUGGUGUUGUGAUGUAAAAUCCUGGUCAGUAGUGCGGGCCAGGGAGCGUAGGUAUUCGCCCUGCUAGUCACACUUACCCUCUUCGGCCUUCGGUCUUCUUGACUCUGUCUUGACACCGGGUCCAGCUGGGGAGGAGAAGAGAGUGUGGUAGAUACUGCGCAAGUUUACUGCUACUGGAAACGAACUCACGCACAAGUCACUAUCCCUGCCCUCACCCUGUUGUGGAGCACACGGUGGACAUCAUCGAACUCGGCGGUCAAACUAUCGUCGUCGUGUCGCUGUAAAAACUGAGAUUUUGUGUGGUGCUCGAUGUCCUCUUGUUAAUCAUCAUCUCAAUGUCCCCGUUAGGAGUUCGCCUGACGAACACAUCAAAGAAGGGCAGCAGGUGUGUUACGACUCGGCCUGGUACUUGACUUCACGUGGAGCAUAUGCGUACUCGAUCCUUGUCCCCAAAAGCAAAGCGACAGAGAAGGAGAACACGAACGGCUACGGAAAAGUGUAUUAG